AUGUGCGUCAAGGUGUGGCUGUGUGUGGGGAUGUGGCUGUUGGGUAGCUGUGGCUGCUGUGGCUCCGGUCUCUGGCUUUGUGGCUAUUACUGUGGCGCGACCUGUGGCGUGACUCGUGGCGCUGUGGCUGCGGGAGGGGCACAGACUACAGCUAAUUCAGGGUCAAGGACAUGCCUCUUUCAGUCUCAGGCCGCACGGGAUCAUUCAACUCCUUGGCGAGCCGGUGAGCCAAGUCUCGAUAGGGGUCAUCUGAGGGCAGUUGGACCAAACCAGGCAACGGCCGAGGAGGAACAAAUGGUGACUCGCAAUACAGACAAUACAUCAUUGGAUGGAUUAUAUGCGUACAUGGCGAGAUAAGCAUGAAUAACCUGGUUUGCAUUCUCAGCUCGCAGAUCAUAGGGCCAGAAGAAGCUUUAAUCUAACCCCAGUUUGUAGCUGGGCUCUUCCAGGUUAGUUCAGCCUUAAUUUAUCAACGCACCCACAAGGACCACCACAGU